UCGUGGGACAUUGACAAGCCGGUUGUUCAGAAUGAUGUGAUUGAGUUUGAGGUGAAGGACUACGAGAAAGUGGGUAGAAACAGGUUACUUGGCACUGGCACGAUCAGUCUACGGGAAGUGGUCAGGAGUCAGUCUGGACAGGCUGAGAUGAGUCUCUCUCUGCUGGACGGAAACAAGCGCAAAAUAGAGGGUACAAUAAGUUUCCUGGUGAUCUACAAGAGCUCCGGUAAAAAGGGCGGAGGCGGAGGAGGAGGUGUGUCCUCUAGUGGAGACUCCACUGGUGGUGACUCAAUGGACACUUCAGGAUACGACACUGACGCCUCUCAGGGUCUCGCUUCUGACGUAGAGGAGUUGAUGGGGGAGGAGGAAGCGGCUGCCAGGAAGGCCCAGAUGAAGAGCAAGCGAAUGGGCACUCUCUCUGACAAGCCACAGGACAUGCAGAUCCGAGUGAAGAUCUUCCAGGCGAGACAGCUGCCAGGUGGGGAUAUUAACUCAGUGUGCAAAGUGAGUCUGGGCAAGGACCAGAAGUCAACCAAGGUCAAGAAGAACAGUGCAGAGCCCAAUUGGAACGAGACUUUUUUCUUCAAUGUUCACCAGUCGCCCCAGGAGUUGUUCAGCCAAACAGUGGAAGUGGAGCUGUUUAAUGCCAGGGUGCUCAGAUCAGAUGCACUCAUAGGCAGCUACAAGCUGGACGUGGGAGCAGUGUAUGAUCAACCUCAACAUGCAUACUUGAGCAAGUGGCUCCUCCUCACAGAUCCGGAGGAUCCCAUGAGUGGCUGCAAGGGCUAUGUCAAGUUCACAGCCAUGGUCAUCGGUGCGGGCGAUGAACCCCCCAAGGAAAAGGAAAGCGCAGACACCGACGACAUUGAGAUGAACUUGUUGGCACCUGCCGGAGUUCAGCUGCAGCCGGCGACGUUCUGGCUGAAAGUGUUCAGAGCAGAAGAUGUUCCCCAGAUGGAUACCUCCAUGUUCCAGGGCAUCCGCAAGAUCCUCGGAAGCAACGAGGAGAAGAAGGAGCUGGUGGACCCCUACAUGGGGUUCUACUUUGCGGGCAAGAAAGUGAAGACUAAAGUGAUCACCGAGUCCAACCAUCCAGAGUGGAACCAGGAACUCAGACUGGGGAUCAAGUUUCCUUCAAUGUGCGACAAAAUCAAGAUCAACAUGAAAGACUGGGAUCAGAUGUCGAAGGAUGAUACAAUAGGCACUGUCUUCAUUGAACUGGACAAGAUACAGGACAGAUCCACUGAAGAACAAGGUUUCUUGCCUACUUUGGGUCCAACUUGGAUGAAUUUCUACGGCUCCACUCGCGAGUUCUCUGACAUGCCCGACCAGUAUGAGUCAUUGAACGAGGGCAAGGGGGAGGGGUGUGCGUACAGAGGGAGGGUUCUGGUGGAGUUGGGAACUACGAUUGGGGAGUUGCCCGAUAAACACAUAGCAGAUGUAGACAACGAUGACUUGUUCAGACUGCACCCAUUUGUGCGUCGUCGACGAUACACACUGUUCGCUUCGUUCAUGGAGGCAACCAUGUUGUGCGAGGACGAUGACCCAGUCGAAUUCGAGAUCAGCAUCGGCAACUACGGCAACAAACUGGACGAGAGCGUGCCGCCGCAACCCUCCACCACCCAACCCACCAAUCCCGUGUAUGACGGGGAGAGCUACUACUUUUUACCGUGGCAGGACAAGAAGCCCUGUUUGAGUGUGAACUGCCAGUGGGAGGACAUCUCGUUCCGUCUCGAGGCACUAAAUAUGUUACUCAAAAUCGCUGAUACUCUGGAGGAGAACGUGGACAAGAUCGAGCUGGCGAUGAAGGCGAAUGAGAGUGAACAGAUGCAGGCCAAGUGUGUCGUUCAGGCUUUAGAUCAGAUCAUAGAACACUGCAGGUUGCCACUUCCUGACGCUGAUGUGAGCAGAGGCCAUGCUGUUAAUCAGCUGGACCGGGAGCAGUACAGGAUGAGGAGGAAGCAGCUGACAUUUAUCGCCGACUCCGCCUUCCAACUGAGAGAAACAUGCACUGACUUGGAGGAGGCGGUGGAGGAACUCAAGACAUACCUGGCUUCCAUCCGCUCUAUGUGCUUUGAGCCUCAGAACAGCGUUCCUGACGUGGUGAUUUGGAUGAUAUCAGGUGAGAAGAGGGUGGCCUAUUUGAGGAUCCCCGCCUACGACGUCCUCUACUCUGACUGGGAGUGGGGCAGAGGCAGGCACUGCGGCACCAAACAAACCAUCUUUCUCAAGUUCCCUGGAGUGGACUUGGAUGAGGAGCAGCGGACUAAGAUCAGCGCCGAGGUCAGACUGAGAUUGUGGCUGGGUCUGGAGAGUCAGAGUCCCAAGUGGCACACCAUCCACACAGACGCAGACGUCCAGGUCUUCGGAGAAACGUACGAGAACCAGGUGUCUCUUUUCGGCAAUUGGACCACUACUGGACUCACUCGACCAGAGUUCUCUGAUGAACACGGCCAUUACAAACUACAGAAGGAGAAAUUUGUGGCACCUCGUGGGUGGCAGUGGGCCGGCGAUUGGUUUAUCUCACCUGAAGCCAGUCACUCCUUCGACACAGACGCUCACCAUGUGAAGUUCCUGGAGGACAUCUUUGAGAAUGAGAGUCGCAACCCGGGAGGCAAGUGGGGACCCUCUCCUCACGCUUUAACUGAUGUGCGUAAUGACCCCAUUGCAGUGGCGUCGCGUGAUGCGAUCCAGUGUCCGGAGGGGUGGGAGUGGGACGAGGAUUGGCGACUGGACCUGAACAGAGCUGUGGAUGACGAGGGAUGGGAGUACUGCGUUGAAGCCACUGUUGGAAACUACAGCCCGGCGGAGAAGACGUACCAUCUAUGUAGAAGGAGGAGGUGGGUCAGAGGCAGGAGCAGAUCCGAUCAACUCACCGUCCAAUCGGGCACCGUCACGGCCCAAGACGCAGGUGGCAAUUUUACAUCGAACCUGAUUCGUUGGGGCUCGAUGUUGUCUGUGAGCAACCAAGCUGGUUCAAGGAAAACUACGGAGGACCCCGCGACUCUGCUGGCGGGUGGAGGGUGGGAGUAUGCGACAGUGUUCACGGGUAAGUUCCACGACAAGGAGAAGACGAUGGACAUGUGUAGGCGGAGGAGAUGGCACCGGAAACUCAACUGCACCAAAGUGGGCAGUCCCUGUCUCUUCCUCAUCGACGUAAACUCAGACAUCGCCAAACCCAUCGAGUAUACCAAGAAACAGCAAGCCAUUGAGACCGGCAAAGCGCUGGCAAAGUCAAUUUGGCACAGGCCAUCUGGAUCGGGAGAGGGUGACGAUAGCGACAGUGACGCUGGGGAAGGGGCAGCCAAAGUGUCCAGCGCGGGAGUGAAGAAGAAGAUUAUGCGCAUCACGCCCCGAAUGUUCCUGGUGUUCAAGGAGGCCCGCAAGUACCAGUUGAGAGUGUACAUCUACCAGGCCAGGGGACUGCUCUCUGCCGACGAUGACUCAUUCUCAGAUCCUUUUGCACGUGUGGUGUUCAUGAACCGCAGUCAAAGCACGGAAGUUAUUCAUAAGAGCAUCUGUCCCACUUGGGACCAGACACUCUUGUUUGAUCAUGUGACCAUCUACGACAACCCAGAUGAUAUCGAAAGGAAUCCUCCCAACAUCUGCAUCGAGUUGUUCGACUACGACCGAUUCGGGAGUCCCGAAUUCAUGGGUAGAGCAGUCGUGCAGCCUCUUGUGAAGUUGAAUCCGGCAAAUACUCGCGUGGCGCGACUCGCAUGGCACGAGCUCCACCGUCUGUCGCCGAAUGAUAAUUGCGGGGAGUUGUUGGCUUCGUUUGAGUUGUUUGCGUACGAAGGGGGAGACCUGCCAUUUCUACCGCCAAUGAAAAGUCAAGAAGAGGGGGGUCUUUACUCAGUUCCUGCUGGAAUCAGACCAGUACUGCAGAGGACGGCUAUUGAGGUGUUAUGUUGGGGUGUGCGAAACAUGAAGAAGUAUCAGCUGUCAGCAGUGAACAGUCCCUCGAUUGAGUUCGAGUGUGGGGGACACUUGCUGCACAGUGACGUCAUCAGGAGUGUUGCCAAGAACCCCAACUUCAGUCAGCCAGUACUCUUCCUCGACGUCCUACUGCCAAAAGAGGAGCUCUACACUCCUCCGAUGAACAUCCGCUGUCGGGACAACCGCCAGUUCGGUCGGAAGCCAAUGGUCGGCAUGUGCAGUAUCAAGUCCCUGCAGGCGUUCAAGUGUGAGGCACCUCCUCUGCCUUCUGCGGGAUCGGAGGGAGACGAUGACGCGGAUGGGGGAGUCGAGAGACUGAAACAGGAGGUGAUGUUGACUAUUGAGCGGGAGAAGAAAUCGAAGGAAAAGGAGAAAGACAAGGAGGCUCCUUCUUCAUUCACUAGUACUCUGCCUUUUGGAAGGAAAAAGAAGAAAAAGAUGCUUACCACGGAUGAGGGUGAAACAGUUCUGGAGAAGGAUGGUAGUGAUGCAGGAUCAAUACUUCGGUCCAAGAUGGACGAUGCCACGAUAGCAGCCGAGACUGAAAACAUAGACUGGUGGUGUAAGUUCUACUGCUCCGAGGGACUCCCAGAGAAGGGCGGCAUCUAUUCACAGAUGGGUUGGGACCUCAUGAAGGUGUACGACUGUGAGCUGGAGAAAGUACAAGGCUUUGCCGAGUUCAACGACUUCGUGCAGAGCUUCCCUCUCGAAAGGGGAAAGUGCAUGGAGGAGGACGACGACGUGGACAUAGCGGGGGAGUUCAAGGGCUCCUUCCGCAUCUACCCCCUCCCCCACGACCCAGAAGCACCCGUGCCCCCAAGAAUAUUCAACUCCCUGCCCGAGAACGCACCCACCGAAGUAGUUCUGAGAGUGUAUGUUGUCAGGGCAGUUGAUCUGCAACCUCAAGACGAUGGGGGAGCAGCUGACCCCUAUAUUGUGAUCAAGUGUGGUAAGACUAAGAUAGUGGACCAGGAGAACUACAAAGCCAACACUCUCUGUCCAGUGUUCGGAAACGUGUUUGAGAUCACGACUAUGGUUCCGAUCAACAAGGACUUGGUGGUGCAGUUGUGGGACUAUGACAUGUUGAGUGCGGAUGACCUGAUUGGCGAGACGAGGAUAGAUCUAGAGAACAGAUAUCUGACCCAUUUCAGAGCCACAUGUGGACUGCCGCAGUCGUACUGCAUAGAUGGUAUCAACAAGUGGCGAGACUGUGAGACUCCAGUUGAGAUUCUGAAGCGGGUGUGUCGUGAGAGAAACCUCAGCGAGCCCCUCUUCGUAUCGGACGACACCCUCUGCAUGCGAGGAGGAACACCCUCCACCUCCCCCCUCGCAACACCCUCUCACGUGGCGACAACGGUGGAGACCAAGGGAGAGGAGGGAAGUCAGGAACAAUCACCGCAGCAGAUUUACCGACUGCAGGAGUUCGAGAAAGACGUGAUGGUGAACCUUCACUGGGGUCCUGCACAGGAGCGACUGGCACUGCAUGUGUUACGUCUGCUGGAUUUAGCCCCCGAACAUGUUGAGACCAGACCACUCUUCAAUGACAUUCAGCCGGGCAUAGAACAGGGUCGUCUGCAGAUGUGGGUAGAUAUGUUUCCGGCAGAGUUCGGAGCGCCCCCAGGAGACCCGAUUGACAUAUCGCCACGAGUGCCGAAGGAAUACGAGUUGCGGGUGGUGAUCUGGAACACAAAAGAAGUCAUUCUGCAGGACACCUCCAUCACAGGCGAGGAGAUGGUCGACAUCUAUUUGAAAGGAUGGCUGGAUGGAAUGGAGGACAGCAAACAGUCUACUGACAUACACUACCGCUCUCUCGACGGGGAGGGGAACUUCAACUGGCGAUUCGUGUUCCGAUUCGACUACCUCCCGCAGGAGAAGGUGAUAGUGGUUAAUGAGAAGGAGCACUUCUGGUCCCUGGACAAGACAGAGACACACUUGCCAGCUAGACUGUGUGUGCAGAUAUGGGACAAUGACCUCUUCUCCUCAGACGACUACAUAGGCCAAAUCUCGCUUCCUCUGGAAAACAUGCCGGCUCCUUCGAAGACAGACCGGACGUGUAAGCCUUACAGGGAGUUCAACCCGAAGACAGGUGAGUUCAAGACUAGAGAGCAGCAGAAGAUGAGUCUGAUGAGUGCCAAGAGGACCAGGGGCUGGUGGCCAUGCAUGACUGAGGACACAGAAGCAGGCAUACUAGCUGGAAAAAUUGAGAUGGAGCUUGAGGUUCUACCAAUUUACGAGGCGGAGGACAAGCCAGCGGGCAAGGCCAGAGACGAGCCAAACGCAAAUCCACAUCUGGACCCACCAAACCGUCCGGAGUCGUCGUUCCUGUGGUUCAUGAGUCCCUGGAAGACUCUGAAGUACAUCAUCUGGAAGAACUACAAGUGGAAGAUCAUCGGGGCCCUCUUCCUCAUCAUCUUCAUCGCAUUCUUCGCCCUCAUGAUAUACACUCUACCCCAAGCCAUCACUAAUAAACUGGUCGGACUAUAAGACAAGGAGGGAGCAAUGGUGAACAAAUUGGUGGGAGUGGGGGCAUGAAAAGGACUCGACAUGGACCACGUCAUCAUUGCACGACAUACAACUGCAGCACAAAAAUGAAGUUCACGUCUUUUUUGGAUGACUCAUUUCGACCACAUGAACAAAGUUCGUUUUGUAUUUGGACCUGGGUGCAUUUUAUUCUUAUUAUCUUCAUUAUUUUUGAAGGCUUUCUUUCUAUGUUCAUUACAGAGGAAAUUUUCGACGCAUUUUGAACCAAUCAGGUUUGGUUUUUUGAACUUGGGAUGCAGAAUACCACGAAAUGCUCUCGUUGAAUAACUCUGAUGCUCGGAAUGACAUUUAAAUCGAUAACGAAAUUACCCUAAUUUGUAUGCUUGCAUAUCCUAUCUUCAACUGCUUAAAUUUAUCCCUUUGAAUUUAAAUUGAAUUCCAGUCAAAUGUUUUAUGUGAACUUUUGAAAUAAUUCAAUUUCGAAUUCUAAAAAUAAUCAUAUUUUUGAAGUGCAAUUAAAAUUACUCAGAAUUUGUUUCAAUUUAGCAUGAUUGAAUACAUACAAAAUGUAUAUGAACGAUUAGUCAUGAUUGGGUUCUGAUGGAGCUGCAUGAAUUUAUAGUUUAAUUUGGUGUUUUCGAAUCAGAUAUUUGAAAAAAGAAUUGUAAAUGUAUUGGUCAAGCACAGUAGUGUAAGAAGAAAGACAGAAUUUAUUUCUCCAAU